ACAGCCAUCAUCGCGCACGCCGCCAGCGAUCCGGCGCAUCAAGAUCAGACCGAAACAGCACUCGCAACGCCUCAAGCAAGCACGACCAAGGCGCCGCACGCCCGACUGUACGCACUGCUAACGGAGUGGUAAGAACUGAGACUGGGCGGCGAGACUGUGAAAGAAUACGGUGGUUCAGGAGGAUCAGGAUACUGGGGACAUUCUCACUCGAAAGAGUCCACGUUGCGUUCGAUACCCGCUGUUGCAUAGUGUACAUUGCGUUCGGUUCAUUGCGCCUCACUCCCCUUAUCAGAAACAAAAGAGACGAGACAACCUCGCUUGUUGUCGCAGGCAGCUGCUAUUCAAAUACAAAAGCACCUUUCGAGGUCGUGCCACAGAGCUAGCAGGUCCAGCCUACUCCUCAUCUGUACACUGCCUUUCCCACUUGCCCUCACGUGCGCGUAGCAGACAACACUGCCUUUUCCCGGAUCAGGACAGCAUCACAGACUCUGGCCGCCGGUAAUCUGAGCAACACUCACCCGGAAUCAUGUCUUCCUCCAUCUUCUUCAAAUUCAAGUCUCGCAAGGAUGCUUUGCAGAUCAACUUCGAUGGCACCAGUCUGUCAGUUUUCGAGGUGAAGCGCGAGAUCAUGAACAUCGCUCGCCUCGGAGACGGAAAGGAUUCCGACUUGGACAUCUACACAUCCGACACGAACGAGAUCUACGAUGACGACACAACACAAAUACCAAGAUCAACGACAGUCAUCGCACGUCGUCUGCCGGCAUCACGACCAGGUGCUGGCAGAGCUGCACGUUAUGUCACAGGCUCAAUGCCCGUGCGGGCCAAGAACUCUCAUCGCAUCGAAGCGACCGGCAAAAGCGCUGCCAGCAAUGGAGCCGCGACGAAUGGUGGUUUCGUGGAAGGAAAGGCGAUGACGGAGCAGGAGAGACUCCAAGCUGUAAUGAAUGCUAGCAAUACUCAGUUGAACGCAGACCUUGAGCAGUCGGCGAACAAGCCUGUAAUGCAUCGUACACAACACAAGAGUGCUGUCGUGCCUGACAAGCCUCCACCUCCGGGCUACGAGUGUCAUCGCUGUGGAAACAAGGGACAUUGGAUUCAGGCUUGCCCGACCAACAACGACCCCACGUUUGAUAACAAGCCUCGCGCAAAGAAGACGACUGGCAUUCCACGGUCUAUGCUUGAGUACAUCCCUGAUGAUGAAGCUGAGGCCAUCAAGAAUGGUGAGAUUGAGCAGGACGCAGGUAUCUGGAAGGACGAUGCUGGUCGUUAUGUGAGGGUGAAGACGGACGAGAAGACGUGGCAGAAAAUUCAAGACGAGCGUACAAAGAAUGCAGAGCAGGUCAAAGAGGUCGCAAAGGGCGAUCAGGAACUUCGUGAUCGUGGGCUUGAAUGUGAUAUCGACAAGUGUCCUUUCUCGGAUCCCGUCAAGACUCCAUGCUGUGGCAAGACGUACUGUCGUGACUGCAUCGAGAACACUCUCCUUGAUGCGGAUCUCGUGUGUCCCAAUUGCGGCGAGCAGGCUCUUCUCGACAAGCUGGAGCCGGAUAGCGAGACUGUUACCAAGCUGAUCGCCUUUCAAGAUGAGAAAAAGGCCGAUAAGCAACGUAAGGACAAGGAGGCAUCCAAGAGUCCACCAGCCCAAACCCCGACAGCAGACAACGCCGGAACCCCAAGCGCACCUCCAACAGUGAGCAAAUCUGGCGACUCUCCUGGAUCAACUACCAUGAUGGCAAACCAAAACCCGGCUACGAACUUCCAGAACACCCUCGACGCCAUCACACCUGGCGCGUUCGCGGGCAUGAAUGGAAUGAACGGCAUGAACGGCAUGAACGGCAUGGCCAACCCGAUGAUAAUGCAGCAGAUGAUGGGAAUGGGAAUGGGAAUGGGCAUGGGAAUGCCAAACAUGGGUAUGCCAUUCGGUAUGAUGAACGGUAUGGGGGGAUUUCCGAACAUGAAUGGAGGCAUGGGUGGCAUGGGCGGUAUGAAUGGCAUGAACAAUGGCGGAGGAAACAUGGGCUGGAACAAUCAGCAGCAGUUCCAACAGCAGUGGCCGAAUAAUGGUCACAACAACAACAUGAACAACAGCAACGGCAUGCGUAAUGGUGCAUUCAACAACAACAAUAUGAACGGCAUCCCCACAGGUCCGGCGAGUCAUGGUGAUGGAGCAUAUAUGCGCCAGCCGGUCAACCCGGGACGACAUAACGGCAAGCAGAGACGGCAGAGGAGUGUGGAUUACAAGCAGAUGUGA